GUGGUGUGCACGCACAAGGCAUUAGACUUUUGUAAUUACAAUCAGUCCAAGCCUGCAAACAGUAUACGUAGUUGGCUUCAGAAAAGUUGCACUAGAACACUGGGAACCAAAUGAAAAUAAUGGAUCUAAAAUCUGUCGGCGUUUUGUGUCUGGUUUUGGCGACGGCGUUGGCAGCCAGCGAUGACCCUCCUGUAGUUACGACGAGCCAGGGUCGCAUCAUCGGUACGAGGCUCGAGUUCAGCCCCACGGACCCCGAGCUUGGCCGUAGCGUGGACGCCUACCUCGGUAUACCGUACGCUGAAGCUCCCGUGGGUCCGCUACGCUUCAAACCUCCCGUAGCCAAGUCAUGGAGCGGGGAGUUACAAGCUACCAAGCUCGGCAAUCGCUGCCCACAGCCUGUCUUUCCGAUGGGCAACUUCACGGUGGCUGGGCCCUUCGAUGAGGAUUGUCUAUGCGUAGAUGUAAUCGUCCCCCAACCUCUGCCUUCAAAUGCAGCCGUUCUUGUUUUCAUCCAUGGAGGAGCUUACAUGAUCGGAGCUGGAAUUAUGGCGGAAAUGUAUCCAACCCCAAUUGCUUCUGUGGGUGACGUCAUUGUCGUCACAAUGAAUUAUCGACUCGGCCCUUUUGGAUUCCUUUCGACCAAUGAUGACGUCGUCCCAGGUAACAUGGGACUGUUGGAUCAGCGCCUUGCCCUGGAAUGGGUCAGAGACAACAUCAAAGCUUUCGGCGGUGAUCCUGAGCGAGUUGCCAUCUUUGGUGAAAGUGCAGGAGCGGGCAGCGUGGGCUUGCACAUGGUGUCACCGGGCAGUGCAGGACUCUUCCGUGGCGCCAUCUUGGAGAGUGGCGAUGCUGCUGCUCCUUGGGCAACUACGCCAGACGUUGCGGCACGCAGAGCGGCGUUUGGUCUUGGAAAGCUGGUCGGCUGUGAACAACAGACGUCGGAAGAGUUACUGGAAUGUCUACAGCAAAUUGAGGGCUUUGACACAAUUGUCGAAAACCAAUAUGAAAAGCUACUGGCGGAGUUGGGUGGAGGCCUGAUACCCUUCGCACCAGUUGUCGAUGGCAAGGUCAUCCCUGCUGACCCCAAUGACCUCUACGAGCAGGGCGCCAUCAACGACGCGGUAGCAAUCGUCGGGGCUCUUGCUGACGAGGGGAUGCUCAAUCUCCUUCCUGUUUUUCCAAACAGCACAGACGAAGCACCGUUCGUCGACAGCGAUACAUUCGAUGCUGUUGUUAAAUUCAAUUUAGGUUCGAUGCUGAGCUCUGAGCCGAUUGUGAUAGAGGCUGUCAAGAUGAUGUACGGUAACGCCUCCUGUUAUGGUUUACCAGACUGUGACUAUCUAGACAGCCUCUCACAAGUUCUCGGUGACGUCAUGUUCGUCUGUUCCGGAGACAAAACGGCCAGAGCCUUCACCAAGGCUGGUCGUCAGGUAUACCGCUAUUUCAUGACUCACAUCGCCACCACCACAUUGCUGGGUAAGAAGUGGACCAAGUCAAUUCACGGUGACGAUCUCAUCUUCGUCAUGGGUCAGCCCCUCAUCCCGUCUGUCAACUGGACGUUCACUGAAGAUGAAGCCCGUAUGUCGAUCCAGACUAUCAAAUACUGGGCUAAUCUAGCCAAGACUGGUAAUCCCAACUUGUCCUCCCUGGAUGCUGAGCAGAGGGAGGAGGAGAAGCUGCCAGAAUGGCCGUUGUUCACCCUGGAGGAACUCGCCUACAAAGACCUGUCAGUCUCCAUGAGUAAUGGGCGUGGCAUCAAGGCUAAGGAGUGCCUCAUGUGGAAUGAGUUCAUACCAAAACUCAUCCAGGUUGCCGAAGAAGCGAAAGAGUGUCAAGCCAAAGACGUGAGAGAGGUCAAAGAUGGCGAAGCCGGAGAAGGCACAUGCACCGAGGAAACAUGUCCAGAACAGUAGAGAAACGUCUAACGAAUGAAACUUGUUUGAGCGUUGAAAAUGUAAAUGUAUGCUUUAAUAGCGUAUUUUCACAAUGACAUUCUCAUUUUUCUACCAGUUUACACUGACGUAAGUACAUAUACGCAUCAAGAGUGAUUGCUUAAAUCGAGGCAUCAAUUUUAAGUCUAAAACAUUUGCUUCUUUGAAGCAGAGAGCCUUUUAUAGGCACACCGCUAAAAAAAAAUAUGUUAUAAGUUAGAAAGGGUAUAGCUUUAAUCAAGACGCCUACCAAGGCAUGGUUGAGAGCUGUAAAUUACAAACGUCCGUUCGUUUGGACUUAACUUUGCAUCACAAGAGAGGCAAAUCAAAUCCACAGUAGAUAGAUCGAUCACAUUAGUUUAGGGAAAAGAAAGGGGAACGACCCUAGUACAAUUAUACUGUGACACUUGGACCACAAGUCGUAGCCCUUAAAUACUCGAUUCGGAUACCUACUGCGUGUAGACAUACAGCAGCCGAAUAGAGAAUCUGGGUUGCCAUUAUGACUCAAAAACAAGCAUAAAACAUUACGACAAGCAUGGUGUAGUCACCGAAAAUUAAUUUGUGUCAUCACGGAGAAAAACCUGCCAACAUUCAAACCCAGUCAACAGAAAAUCUUCCUGACAGUUUAAAACUCAGACACAACACACAUCUUGAAUGAAGAGUAACUUAGUACAUGUAAUAAUACCUGUCGUACCGGAUUGAAAUUUUGUCUACUGAUAUGUCAUGACUGUAAAAAAAAUAAUCUUUUAACGUAUGAAGACAAACAAAUACUGUCACCGAAAAAUUAAUUUUGGUCACCACGGAAUAAAACCUGACAUAAUGAA